GUAGUAGAUGCAUGUGUCUGCCUCUGGGGGGAGUGUGUGGCCCUUGGCUCCCUGUCUGGGUGUCUCCUCCUCCUGGCCGGUGGCUUGGCGGCUCAUUGCUGAGGAGCCCGGGCUCUGGUACUUACCGCACAGCUAGCCAGGAUGCAGUAAGGGCCCAGCUCAGGACCCGGGGCCCAUAGGAUUGUAGUCGGCUAUGGGAUGGAGCAAGACCAGUAUGAAGCUCGGCUUAAAGAGCUCUUUGACAGUUUUGACACCACAGGCACCGGGUCUCUGGGACAGGAAGAGCUGACAGACCUUUGCCUUGCUCUCCAGCUGGAGGAUGUUGCUUCAUCUCUUCAACAGGCUUUACUUCAAGACAACCCCCAUGGCCGAGUUCACUUCGACCAGUUUAAAGAAGCUCUGAUAGAUGUGUUGUCCAGCCGGCUAUCAGACAAAGACAGCUUUGAAGAACAAGAUUGCUCUCCUGAAGUCCAGCCAAAAUACAUCAAAGAUGGCAAGAAGUACGGCAGGCGGUCUGUGCCGGAGCUGCAGGACUCUCUUGAAGAGUUUGAUGAAGAAACGGUAAUUGAAGCUGAGGACGAAGUAACAAGAUCUUCGCAGGUCAGCUCCAGAAAUUGCGAGGAGCUUUGGAAGAGUGUAGAUGGAGAAGAAUAUGAAGCAGAAGGUCAGUUACGGUUCUGGAACCCCGAUGACCUCAAUGCCUCGCAGAAUGUCCUGUCUCCAGCGCAAGACUGGGUGGAGGAGAAGUUGCAGUUGGUCUGUGAAGACCUUGGGAUUAGCAGAGAUGGUCACUUAAACCGCAAGAAGCUCGUCUCUAUUUGUGAGCAGUAUGGCUUCCAGAAUAUAGAUAAAGAGGCCCUAGAAGAUGUCUUUCAAAACAUAGACCAGGAUGACACCAUGAGCCUCCAGGAGUUUAUCAGCAAAGUGUGCAAAAAUACCAAAACUUUAACCCCUUCUUCCUCUACCCCAUACCGACACUUGAAGAGGCACCUAUCAAUGCCGUCCUAUGAUGAAAGUGGAAGGCGAACUCUUACACCCUCGGCCAUGACUGGAUCAAUUGGUUUCCGCCUGUUCUCCAAGCUUGAUGAUGGGACUGGGUAUGGCUCAGUGGAAGAUAUUAUCGAUCUGUGGCAUGAAGAUGGUGUGGAGAACAGCCACGCAAUCCUCAAGGCUCUGGACUUUAAUUUGGAAGGGAAAAUCAAUCUCACUGAGCUAACUAUGACUCUGGAAAAUGAGCUUCUGAUGACCAAGAAUGAGGUGUACCAGGCAGCCUUGACCAGCUUCCGUUCUGAGAUCCGCCACCUGCUGGAAAGUGCGGAACAAGCUGCCAGAGAAAAAGAAAAGUUGCGUUCAGAUUUGGAGAGAAAUGAAAGGUUUAAAAGCCUGAUGGCAUCGGAGGUAGAUGAUCAUCAUGCGGCAAUCGAGCGUCGAAAUGAAUACAAUCUUCGUAAGCUUGAUGACGAAUAUAAGGAGAGAACCUCCGUCUUGAGAAAUGAACUGAGAAAGGAGAGAGAGCAAAUCCUCCAGCAAACCAGCCGGCAGCGACAGGAACUGGAGCAAGAACUAGACAAGGUGAAAACCGAAGAGAAUAUCCUUCGAGAUCGUCUGAUGUUAUCUUUAAAGGAGAGCAGCCGCUUAGAGAAUGAAUUGCUGGAAACCUCAGAGAAGCUACUUGAAUAUGAAACUCUUACGUGUAAACUUCAGAAAAGCCUGGAUAAUAUACUGCGGGAAAAGUUUGGUGACCUGGACCCAAGUUGUAUUGAGUUCUUUCGCCAAGAAGAGAAAUUGUCACAAAUGAGGAAUGAGUUUGAACGGCAGCGCAGGGAGCUGCAAGAUCGUAUUGAUGAACUGCAACUGGAGCUUGAAGAGUAUCGAUUGCAGGGUGUUAGAGGAUUCCGGUCGUCCUUAAAGAAUUCCUUGUCUUUCGAAAUGGACAGCAAAAAUGUUGUGGAGUGUGACCAAGGCAUUGGCGCAGAGGAGUGUCCACCUUUAAACAUGAGCAUAGAGGCGGAAAUGGCAAUUGAACAGAUGCGGGAGCAACAUCAAAGAGAAGUGGAGAACCUCACCAUGGAACUGGAAUCCAAAGUGAUCCACUAUGAAGAGCAAGUGAAAGAAAUUAAAUGUUCAUAUGAGAGAGAAAAAGAAAUUGUUCAACAAAAAUACCAAAAAGAGGCUCAAAUAACUGAAGAGCAAAUAAGACUCCUUAAAUCGAGACACGUAGAGCUAGAAGCGGACAUAGUCAAAUUAAAAGAAGAGAAGCAAAUGGCAAUAUCUAAACACAAGCAGGAGCUUAGCCAUAUUGAAACAGACUUUAAUAACCAAAGGGUCCAACUAGUCGAGCGGGAGACAGUCCUUCAAGUGCAGCUCGAAGAGGUCCAAAGGGCUUUCUACAAAGAAAAAGAGACUUUGGUACAAAAAGCAUUGGAACUAGAAAGGAAUUUGGAAAUGAAGAUGGCGGAAAUGGUGAGAAAUUUUGAGAAGGAGAAGGAUCAUCUGGAGCACACAUUUAAGGAGCAAAUAUCCAGUUAUCAAGAAAGACUUGACCUUGAAAAAAAUGACCUCAAGACAAAGCUGUUGGAAGAACAUCAGAUGGAACUUCAGGAAGAAAGGGAAAAAAUGGAAAUGGAGUAUAAUAGAAGACUAGUAGAAAAGGAAGAUCGGUUUGGCAUGGCGUGUGAGGCUGCGGCUAGAAAGCACAAGGAAGCUUUGGCAAGCCUUGAAAAAAAGUUUCAAAAUAAUCUUCAAGAGCUUGUGAGCCAACACACAGAAGAAAAAGCCAAGUGGCAACUGGAAAAGGAAGAGCUUAUUCAAGAGGAUGAGAAGGUACAAAGUGGGCUACAGAAAAUACUGGAGGAGAAGUCCACGGUGUGUUCUACCCUUGCAGAAGAAAAAUACCUUCUAGAGAAGAACUAUAUGGAGACGUUAAAUAAAUUAAUUGCAGAAAGAGAUGACCUACAUAAAGCACUGGAAAAAUGUGAACUUACUGCAAAAAAAGAAAAGCAAGCACUAACUGGGAAAAUCACACAGCUAGAAAAUGACUUGAAGGAAGAGGUGACCGAGAAGGAUGAACAAAUAUGUUAUUUGGAGAAAAAUGUUCAGGUUUUAGAAGAAACUGUUGAAAAACUGGAACAAAAACUCAAAACAGAGAAAAAGGAGCUUGAGUCCAAACUCCUAGAGUCAGAAAUAAGUUAUAGAGAAGUUCGUGAGCUUGAAGACGGCAAGAAAAAAAAAAUGGUUCUAGAAGUAUCCGCACUCCAAAGCACCAUCAGUGGACUACAAAAUGAGAUUUCUAAUUUAUCAAAACGUAAGGAAGAUUUAAAGUUGUUGGAGAAGGAAAACACGGACUUAAAAGUAGUCCUGUCUCGGCUUCAGGAUAAUUUGGUACACCUUGAAGAGGAAAGGAUUGUCUUAAGGAACCUGCAAAAUAUAUACGAGCACACGGUUAAGGAAAAUGUGAGACUUAAUGCAGAGAUUUCUAGAUUACAGAAUAAACUGGACAUGAUGGAGCAAGACAUUAGCAAAGCGAUUGAGACAGCGGGAAAUCAAAUUGCAGAAGCACUGUCUGAGGAAGAGAGCCACGGUUUGAAGUCCUUAUUGGAAGAGAGAGCUGAGCUAUUGUGUCAGUCCGAGAGAAAUGUUCAGAAUUUGCGUGACACCAUUGAAAAACUAGAACAAAAACAUAAAACAGAGAAAGAAGAACUUAAUUCUAGACUCGUAAAGUCAGAAAUACUUUAUAGAGAACUUUGUGAGGCUGAAAAUAGUAAGAAGAAUGAGAUGCUUUGUGAAAUAUCCACACUACAAAGCACUGUCGGUGACCUACAAAAUGAGAUCGCUACAUUGACAAAACUUCAGGGAGAUUUAAAUUUGUUGGCGAAAGAAAAUGCAGACUUGAGAGUUGUUGUAUCUCAGCUUCAAAAUAAUUCUGUUUGUCAAAUGGAGGAAAGAGCUGUUCUAAUGAACCAGCAAAACGGGCAUGAGCAAACGGUCAAAGAAAACCUGGAACUUAUUGCUGAGAUUUCUAGAUUUAAGAAGAAAUUGGAAAUCAUGGAAUGUGACACUAGCAAAGCCAGUGAGACAGAGGGAUGCCUAGAACGGGAUCAUGUAGAAGGUAGAGAUUUGAAGGUCUUGUUGACUGAGAGGGCAGAAUUAUUAAUUCAGUCAGAGAGAACUGUUCAGAUGUUAAAGGAAACCAUUGAAAAACUGGAACAAAGACAUCAAACCGAAAAAGAGGAGCUUAAUUCCAGACUGGUGAAGUCAGAAAUCCUUUAUAAAGAAGUCUAUGAAUUGGAAAAAAACAAGAAGGAAGAGAUGGUUACUGAAAUAUCCAUUCUUCAAAGCACCAUCAGUGGACUGCAAAAUGAGAUUUCUUCAUUGUCAAAACUUCAGGGAGAUUUAAAGUCAUUACAGAAGGAAAAUUCAGACUUAAAAGCUGUUGUAUCUCAGCUUCGGGUAAAUACUGACCUCUCUCAAGAAGAAAAAAAUGUUCUAAGAAACCUGCAAAAUACACAUGAGCAGACAGUCAAAGAAAACGUGAGACUUAAUGCUGAAAUAUCUAGAUUACAAAAAAAUCUACACAUGAUGGAACACAGUCUCAACAAAGCCAGUGAAUCAAAGGGAAACCUAAUGGUAAACGUUUUGUCUGAUGGAAUGAGCAAUAUCGAACAUCCGAUGAAUGAGCAAAAUGUGGAAACUUUGGAAGAUGCAAACCUGAGGCUUCACUUCAAAACAAAAGAGCACAAAUGCACUAUGGAUAUAUUUAAAGACCUGGAAAAAUGUUACGAAGAUACCAAAACAGAGAAUGGACAUCUCAGGGCCCAAGUUCUGCUUCUUCAAGAAGACCUAAAUCAUUUGUCCCUGGAAUAUGAUCUUAUUAAGAAAAUGAUGAACUCUUCAGAUUUUGAAUUCCCAGAGCUCGAAGAAAUGCACGUCACAAUUCCUGGGCUAAAUAUGUUGUUGUCUGUUGCUAAAAAAGAAAAUGUGCAUCUUCUAGAAAACCUAAAGGUGAUGGAAAGUAAAAAUAAGGAAGCUGUGGAAAACAAUAGGGAGCUUUCUUCUGAAGUUUCUUGGCUGCAGAACGAAAUACAGAAUAUGGAGGAGAUGGCUGAAGCUUCCCUUAAGCUUGAAAACCUGUAUGAAGACACUAAAAAUGAAAACCAUGAGCUUAAAGUGCUUGUUACUAAGCUUCAGGAAAAGAUCCAUGAUUUUAAAAGAAAACCAGUCAUGAAGUCCGUAUUGGAUAAAGAAAUCCAAACGCAUGAUUUAACCCCUCAAUUCAGUUUAGAGCACUAUGCUAAGAAUGCCGAAAUGCAUUCCCUGACAACUUUAAGCCCUCCGACAGUGUCUCAGUCAUUUAAUGUCCAAAAUUGUUUGCCGCAUCAACAGCAUGAGAGGCCAAAAGACAACUUUCCAAUCCCGAAACAAGUCGGACAAGAAGAGGGCAUAACUCAAACUUCAGAGAUCUUUAAAAGUGGCCGAAUGGAUUUAGCCGAGGAGUCUGGAUUGAUGGGAGGAGCACAUGAGCAACUUGUAUGUCAUAGAUGUUUGCAGAAGGAGAAGGAGCAAGAUAUUGUAGAUCCUGAACAAAUCAGUGAGAUGAUGAAGACCAUUGACGUUCUGAGAUGUGAGAACAACGAACUGAAAGAGGAAAGAUCUGCAUUAAAAUAUGAAAUAGCCACCUUGGAAGAAGAAUGUGACAUCCAUAAUCAGAAAAUGACAGCACUACAGGAAGCUUGUGAAGAAAUGUGGGUAAACUUGGAGACUGUUCAAAAUGAGAAAAUCGCAGUCCAGAAUUUGGUCGAAACUUUAACCAAACAGGUAUCCGAACUAAAAAGCAAGAAUCAGCAGCUGGAUUCCCAAAAUUCUGAACUCUACAUUAAGAAUACAAAGAAUCAAUCGGAUAUUCAUGAUCUGAAUAACAGACUGAGGGCUCUUCUCAAACACAAAGACAAGAGGGAGGCCAGGAGCAACGAAGAAUGGCAGAGAGAGAAGAAUUGUCUGAUAGAUGAGAUUGAAGGCUACAGGUCAAAGGUGUCGGAUUCAGAAAAAGAACUGUCGAAAGUCCAGUCACAUAAUCACAUUUUGGAGCAAGAAAUUAUCCAUCUUAAGCAAGAGGUCGAUGCUAAACAGCGCUCGAAGUCCUCUGAAUUUGCUGAAUUCAAGAAAGAGAUUUCACGGUUAACAACUAAAACAGAGAAUUUGUUGAAAGAAAAAGAAACUCUCAACGAGGAGCUGAAUCGAUGUGUAGAGAAGUGUGCUAAAGUCGGUUUUCUGGAGAACAAGAUCGCAAGUCUGAAGCAGGAACAGAAUUCUCUGGAACAACAAUCUCAGGGGCUGAAAUGCCAGCUCACUGUUUCUCAGGAAAAGAUUCAGAGUCUAGAAGAAAGCCUACACACUGUGAACAUCCAGUUGUCACGGAUCAAGUCUGACCUGCGGGUGGCAUGGCAGGAGAAAGAGGCUUUAAAACAAGAAGUCAUGUCAUUGCACAAGCAGCUGCAAAAUGCCAAUGCCAAGAACCAAGUCCUUGAGAUGGCAAUGCACUCCUCAGGAUUACAAAACAAUCAGAAGAAACUCUACUGGGAUGAUCUAGAACAGUUGAUGGAACAAGAGCAAAAGCUUUUAAGACAAGAAAAUGAAAGACUUCAGAGAGAGAUUCAGAAUACAAAGACGGAUCUGAUCCAAUCCAGAGAGAAGGUUCGGCAGCUGGAGUCUACGGUACUUUCACUGAAACAGCAAAAGCAGCAGAGCCAGUCCAGCAUGGUGAAAGUUUUGGAGCAGGAAAAAUUAAGCUUAAAAAGAGAAUGUGACCAGCUGCAGAAAGAGCUCACCGCUGCAAACAGGAAGAUAAGCCAGUUGGCCUCAGUUGGUCGGGAAACAGACACGAUUAUGAUGGAAAAUGAAGGUUUUAGAUCGAACGUAGGGAAAUUCGAUGAACAUCGUUUUGAGGCCCUGCACUCCGCUUCCAGUGUAGCACUUAGUCACCCACCUCUCCAGCAGCAAGCCAGUGUCACCGUGCCGGUGGAUCAAUACCUACAAUGCCAGCCACAACUACAGCAGGCAGACCGGAGAAACCAGCAACUUCAUGCAACGAGUCGGAGCUCCGAAACCAACAGUCCACAGAGUGAUCAGGAACAGCUACUGCGAAGAAUGGAGACGCGCAUGACAGAAGUUGAACAAAAACUCAGAAUUGUGAAGAUGCUCCUACAGGAGAAGGUGAACCAACUGAAAGAACAGGUUGCCAGAAACAUGAAGACUGAUGCCAAGUUGAAGGAUUUAUAUGUGGAUAAUUCCCAGCUGCUUAGGGCUUUGGCCAUGAGUGAAGAGCGACACCAGACUGCUGCCAAAAAGAACUAUUUGUUAGAAGAAAAGAUUUCAGGACUCAAUAAAAUAGUGAGGGACUUGGCUCCAUCUGCUCUGACUCCGGGAAACAGUCCAAGGAGAUUCUCUCAACUAAAAUAUGAAGACAAACCUCAAAGUCCGAGCACUCCUACGAGGAAACAUGCACUGACACCAAAUCUCUCUCCAACGCCAUCUCUCCAUGAUCCAAAAAGGAGAUCCCAGAGCUAAACUAGUCGUUUUAAUUCACCUCGUAACUGCCACUGAGCCCUCAAAUACAUCAAUGUGAAAAUCUGGAAAACAUGUUAUUUUCACUAAUGUGACAUGUUAUUUUUAGUGUUCAUUGUAUCUCUUUCUGCUCUAAGGAAAGAUCAGCCAGAUUUUACAUUGCAAUCUAUGCAAGUUAAGGGGUUUUGUGAUGAUCUACUUGUCAACUUAUACGAGGUUGAGAAGUCAUGUCGACAAAUUAGACUUUACUCCAAAUCCAGGGUUAGAUCAGUGUUUCUCAAUGUCACGUCAGGUUUUGCUAUACCCCCAUUGUAACAGAAAUUCGUAAUUUCUAAAUCCUGAUCGAUUGUGGCUUUGAUUAUUGAUUAUAGGUGAGUAGGAUUUAGUCUUGGCAUGUAGCGAAUGGAUGGGAUAUGCACAAAAUUGAGAAACUGGUGGUCUUACACCAUGUUGCUCCACUAAGAGGACCAAACACUGCCCGGGCAUGUCGUAAUAUUGAAAAUGGUUAUUAUUAUAUGCAUAUUUAUUAAACCCAGAUCUCUGUAUUAAUGUUAACACUGCCAGACUGAUCUCCCACUGCCAUAGGAUAUACAGUGAUCUACGGUGCAUUCCCUUCAAUGUGAUAAUUCCUCUCAUUCAGAUAUGGAAAUCUGCCAUUAUUGUGUCCAUAUUUAUCGCUCCUUUGCUAUCGUGUUCCCCCGUCAACUUCCGAAAUCAGGUAGUUAAUCCCUAGCUCAUCUGGUACAAUGCAGUUAGUCAUUUGGCAGGUAGGUUACAGCUAUUGACUGUUGCAAGCUACAGCAGUAGACAGAGGGAAGAGCAAGUGGUGAAGCCAAGAGCCAGUAAGUAGAUGUUGGUGAUAAUUAAUAUGUAUCAAUCCCUUAAAGCAGGAGUAGGCAACCUUCGACACUCCCGAUGUUGGGUACUAUAUAGUCAAUAAGGCUCUGACUGCCAUAAAGGUGGAAAAGCAUCAGGGGAGAUGUAGUCCACAACAUCUGGAGUACAGAAGGUUCCCUACCUCUGCCAUAAUGGGUUCUGUGCCCUCUGCUCUCCAUCUAAACAUGCCAUCUAAAAACUCUCUGUCGACGGAUUGAUUGCAAUGGGCUGAACUCCAGGUUGUAAAACCUAGAACUUGAAUAUUUACAUUUAUUUUCCAUUUUCUAAUUUAUUGAAAAAGUCCAGUGGCUGUGUAAGGGGAGAUACCAAGCACUGCCAUAAAAGAGCUUUAGUACGGGGUUUAUUUAAAAUGCUGAAUAAUUGUCACUGUCUUUACUAUUACAGUUUCUUCACUGCCAGUUCAUAAUGAAGUUAAAAUGUAUGAAAUGCAAGGAAAAUUGUACCAAUUCUGCUAUUUUAAUAUUUUUUUUAUAUAAAUAUUU